UACAAGAAUACUCAUUCUUUCAACAUGAGUGAGUUUCGGAAGGAACAUCGUCGGAUGAUCGAGGUUAAACGAUCGGAAAUGGCUGCUAAACUACAGCAACACCAAAAGCAAGAAGGUCGAAAUCAAGACACUACAGGAAAUGAAAGCAAACUCAAUCAGAGGACACCGACGGAAGCCGUGAUGUCCGAGCAGCAUUUGGUGGUGCAUCACAAGCACCACUUUGUGAGGGAAAUCAAUUCACACAAUUUUAACCACGUGGUGAUUAACUCCAACAAGACUGUCGUCGUUCACUUCUACUCUGCUCAAUGUGCCUUCUGCAGUGUGCUCUCACAGCAUCUGCUUAUCAUCUCAAGAAUGCUCCGACAUCAGCCGUUACUCGAGUUUGUUCGCAUCGACGGCGACAAGAAUGAUCUCCCAUGGGAAUUCACCAUGGAUGUAUUUCCAUCUUUGAUCAUAUUUCCUAAUCAAAGGAAAUCUGAAAGCCGCGUUUUCUCCCGCAAUCUCUCUAUGACGGUCCCCAACGUGCUCGGGUUCAUCCUUUCCAAUUUGAACCCACCUGAGAGGCUCCACGCUACUGCGCUAAUCUGCAACAAUCUCAAGCCAAAAUCGCCGCCACGGGACGACUGCCUUGGGGUGAUGAAGCGCGAGCUAAGCGACAGUAUUUCGCUCAACCUGCGUCUCUACCGAUUGGCCACGAAGCGCCCCACAAGAGCAGCCCGGAUCCUGCACCGGUUGCAGGCCUUACAGGAACUCUACCUGGCCACGCUGCGCUGUCUGAGCAAUUCCUGUGAUUUUACCCAGCUGAAGAGCAGUGCUCAAGCCAUCCUUACUAUGUGGCAGAUAGCCACGUGAAAACGUGAUUCUAGUGUGCAUUUAGUACGCAUUUCUUUUUCUCACCCAUUCACUCAAAUUACCUGCUUACUAGGAAGAUAUUAUCCUUUUCUUUUUGACUUUCCUGUCUGCCUAAGGCGUAAGAAGCCGUUUUACAACCAACUCAUGUGCUUAUUCAUUGUUUUAUGUUUUGUUACUUAUAUUUUUGGAUAUUUUUCACUUUUUAAGAGUUAUUCGGCAAACCGUUAGUUUAACUCAUUUGAAAUUUUCAGUGCAAUUAAAAAGCAUUGCUAAAACUACGUGUUUAAGCCAAAUCAAACAAACCAGCACGUAACCAAACUGUCAACGGUAUCGAGAUCUCGUUGUAGAUAUUUUUAACUCGACAGUAAAGUUAUUAUUGCUAACAAAACAAAAAAAAAGUUCUAUAUUCUAGAAUACUAUUACUGUAACAGAAGUGAAAGUUGGAAAACUAUUAGGUAAAAUAUGAAAUGAUAAUUAAAUACAGUUUAGGAAAAACAAAGAGUGAAAAGCAAGAAAACGGUAUGCUAUAGACAUUUUUUAAACAAACACUACUAGCGUUGUAAAUAUUAUUCGUAUAGCAUCAAAUUGGGAAGAACGGUGUCGAAACGAUACCGAGAAAAUGGAAAAGUAAGAAUAGGAUACAGUGUAGAGAAUUACGGUUAUUUAAAUAUAACAAAAUUAUUGAAGUUUUGUAAUUCACAAACUAAAUGCAAUCGAUGAUAUAUCACCUUAAUAUAUUUUGUUUAUAACCAUAAA